UCCGUGCGGACCUGAACGCAUCUCCGCCUGUUUGUUGCAUCAGCGGAAGAGAGGCAGGAGCCGGAGCCCACGUCCUGCUGGGUGGGAAGAACACGCGGAUGGAGAAGCAGCCUCUGCCAGAUGACGGUGAUAAGACGGGAGCGCCGGACCCAGACGGCGGCGGCGACGCCGUGCAGCCGGCCGCCUCCGAGGCUCCGUCCCGGGCCGGAUGGAACAGCAAGGUGGAAUAUUUUUUAGCCCAGGUGGGAUUCAGCGUCGGCCUGGGAAACGUCUGGAGGUUUCCGUAUCUGUGCCACCAGAACGGAGGAGGAGCCUUCCUGCUGCUCUACGUGUUGCUGAUGCUGGUUGUGGGAAUCCCGUUGUUCUUCCUGGAGCUGGCGGCCGGCCAGGACAUCCGGCAGGGAAGCAUCGGAGUCUGGAAGUACAUCUCUCCCAGGCUGGCGGGAAUCGGUUACUCCAGCUGUGUGGUCUGCUUCUUCGUGGCGCUCUACUACAACGUCAUCCUCGCCUGGAGCCUCUUCUACCUCGGGAACUCCUUCCAGUACCCGUUGCCUUGGCAACAGUGUCCCGAACACGGAAACGUAACGGAGAAGGAAUGCGAGGCGAGUUCCCCGACGUCGUUCUUCUGGUACCGCAGAGCGCUGAACAUCACCGACUCCAUCGACCAGGUGGGAUCCUUCAACCCCUACAUCGUGGGCUGCCUGCUGGCCGCCUGGACCAUCGUCUGCCUGGGGAUGUUCAAGGGCAUCAAGUCCUCCGUCAAGGUCAUGUAUUUCUCCUCCAUCUUCCCCUACGUGGUUCUGGUCUGCUUCCUGAUCCGCAGCCUCAAGCUGGACGGCGCCGCAGAGGGAAUCGCCCACAUGUUCUACCCCAAGCUGUCGAUCUGGGCGGACAUCCAGGUGUGGCGCCAGGCGGCCACGCAGGUGUUCUUCGCUCUGGGCCUGGGCUUCGGCUCCAUCAUCGCCUACUCCUCCUACAACCCCAAGAACAACAACUGCCACCGCGACGCCUUCACCGUCUCCUCCAUCAACUUCCUGACCUCGCUGCUCGCCACGCUGGUGGUGUUCGCCGUGCUCGGCUUCCGCGCCAAGAAAAGGGUCAUGACCUGCGUGGCCAGGAACCUGAAGCAGCUGCAGUGGCAGCAUCAUGCCGACAUGCCGACCUUUAACCUUUCUGACCCGGACUCUGUGGACUGGCGGGCCUACAGCUCCUGGUUCAACCAGCAUAACGAGACUCUGGCGAAUCUGACCGACUGCGACCUGGAGAAGGAGAUGCAGACGGGCGUGGAGGGGACGGGCCUGGCCUUCAUCGCCUUCACAGAGGCCAUGACGCAGCUGCCCGGUAGCCCCUUCUGGUCGGCGCUCUUCUUCCUCAUGCUGCUCAACCUCGGACUCAGCACCAUGUUCGGAACCAUGGAGGGAAUCCUGGCGCCGCUCCGGGACCGCUUCGCCUCGCUGGCCCGCAACAAGACCAAGCUCACUGUGGCCAGCUGCGUGGUGGGCUUCCUGAUCGGCCUGCUCUUCACGCAGCGCUGCGGGAACUACUUUGUGACGAUGUUCGACGAUUACUCCGCCACUCUGCCGCUCAUCAUCGUCGUCGUGUUCGAGACCUUCAGCGUGUCGUGGCUCUACGGCGCCGACAGGUUCCUGGACGACAUACAGGCCAUGCUGGGCUGGAGGCCGUCGGUGGUCUACAAGUACCUGUGGAAGUACGUGUGUCUGGUGGCCAUGCUGGGGCUGCUGGGCGCCACCACCGUCCGCAUGUUCAUGGAGACGCCGACGUACAUGAGCUGGAACCAGGAAACGGCGUCGGAGGUCCGGCUGCCGUACCCCGGCUGGGCUCUGGCGGUUCUGGCCCUGCUGAUCGUCUUCGCCAUGCUGCCCGUCCCGGUCGGGUUCAUCUACUCGGUUCUGCAGGACCGCAGGCGGCCGACCAGCAGGCACACGGAGGCGGGUCUCUACCGCAUCGUUAACUUUGACGAAACGCCCAUGACGGACAUGACCGACCCGGACCGGACCGACGACCCGGACCGGACCGAACCGGACCACCGGAACGGCUUCACACCGUCUGAGUCUUAG